UGCGGGAAACAGCCUGACCGUGUAAUGCUCCAGAGGCCGCUCGGUGUGGUUCUACUUUGUAAGGUUGGAGUCUCCCACGGUCCACACAUUGAUCACAUGAACCAGGGAUGUCUCGUCCCGCUCCGUCCCCCAUCUACACCCUGAGGGGGGCUGGUGGGCCACUCAACACCCUGCACUUUAGCUGCCUUGGAGGGGACACUCCUCUUCUAUUUUCUGGGUCAGGGACUGGUGCCAUCCAUAUCUGGAACCUGAACAGCAGGAGGGCUGAGAAGAUUGUAGAAGGUCAUUCUGGUAGCUCGGUCAUUUGGGUGAACUCUCUGCAGUCGAAAGAUGCCCUCAUCAGUCAGGGACGGGACAUGCAGGUGUGUUUGUGGGACCUUGGAGAAGGUCGCAGUGAGGUGGUGGACUCGGUGUGGACCGAGAGCGUUGGAUUCUGUCAGUGCUCCCUGCUGGAGUCGAGCCCUGGAAGCUACUUGCUGGCGUUUGCUGGAAAACAGACAGAAGAGAUCAAGAUUAUUGAGCUGCCCAGUAAGACUCCAGUCUGCACCCUGGUCCCAGACGCUAAGCUGGGGAUGGUCAUGUGUAUCAAACUGUGGCAGCCAGACUCGGGUCCCGGACCUCUCCUGUUGGCUGGAUACGAGGACGGCUCCCUGUUGCUGUGGGACGUAACCCAGAGGUCUAAGCUGAGCCAAGCCAAAGCCCACCCUGAACCCGUCAUGUGCCUGACCUUUGACACCAAGCGUCUGAGAGGCAUAUCAGGCUCCUCUGAGAAGAAGCUCACUUCCUGGAUGCUGGACACCCAGACCAACCUGCAGCUCCAGGACUGCGUGACGCUGGUCAACCCCGGGGUUUCCCACCUGUGCAUCAGGGACGACAGCAAGCUUCUGGCCUCGGCGGGCUGGGACCACAGAGUUCGGGUCUUUGGCUGGAAGAAGCUGCGGCCGCUGGCAGUGCUUCAAUACCACACGGACGUGGUGUUGAGCGUGGCCUUCUCAAACCACCAGGACCCCAGACAGAGACUGCUGGCUGCCGGAUCCAAGGACCAGAGGAUCAGCCUGUGGUCGAUAUACAACGAAGGAGCUGACAACAGCUGAACCUCUGACUCCUUGGAGGACACACAGACUUUCUCUCAAACUUUCUUAUCUGGAAUCUGCCCUGAUGCAAUGUGAGGCAACGGGUGCUUCAUAUUUCUGACAUUCUUGUAGUCAAAGCUCUUUCUGCUUCAUGGUAAAAAACCUGUUUCCCAACUUGCACCACAAAGAGGUCUUUUCUGUUACUCACCCUCAUUGAUGUAAAAGGAGUGCAGUUCAAUGCAACAGCACCAAGUUUCUUCAAUACUGCUUUCUAAAAUUCAAUCUGAGCAUUAAACCCUUCAUGACGUUAGGAUUUAAAGCAGAUCUAUAUUAUACUGGGUUUGAUUUUUUCAAGGGCAUCUGAUCAACUGAGUAUCAACCUCUGGGAGCAACGGACAACAUGUUAUAUCUGGUCUGAUGAGUCCACAGGAGUUGAACGUUUCUCCACACCAAACCCAAAACAAAUAACUUUUUGUAGAUGUUUUAAAUCCAGACAACCUUUUGGCAAAUGUCAAUUAACAGCUACCCACAUAUCACCACAUAACACCUGUUGUCAAGAACAAAAUGGAUGCUAAUAUCUCACCGCUCUGCUGGAAAUGCAACUCUGAGACUGGUAAUUAUGUCCACUGCUUCUGGUCAUGUGGGAAAUUACAAAGCUACUGGUCUAGUAUAGUGAUUGAAGUGACUGCUAUCUUUGAUGUCCCAAUACGGAUGGACCCUAUGUGCCUGAUACUUGGUCUCCCGGAGGGUCGGAUUACUGACAGUAAACACAGGAGACUUUUCAAUAUACUAACAUUUGCUGCUAGAAAGAACAUUUGACUCUUUUGGAACAAGAAUUUUGUUACCACAAAAAAGUCAUGGCACAACAUUGUUAUGGACUUCAUUCCUAGUGAAUACAUCACGUGCAUGCUUCACUCCAAAACAGACGCCUUCUAUAAGGUCUGGGACCCUUACUUGCAGCAUAUCGGGUCCACACUGUCAUCUUCCUUGCCUCGUGGAUUUCCCAGCUCAGCCUAGCCUGUCCUCGUAACUUUGUCUUAAGGGGUAACGUUCAUUUUGUGGCCUCGCUAUGUCGGUAUGCUCUGUAUUGACUCCUAUCUGACUCUGCCUUGUCUUGAUGGAAAUUGUGCCCACUGUCAUUAAUUCUUAUUUUCUUAAUUAAUAUCUCAAUUAUUUUCUAUUUUACUGUAUCCACAUGCCCACAUUCUGUUGUUUCCCUUUUUUUUUGUCGUG